GCCUGACGGUUCAGUGUUCCCCCCUCCCCCACCAGCCGUGCUCCUGUUUCACUCAAAGAUGGCGUCGGCUCUAGAACCCCUGGUCUGUGGCUGCAUUUUUUGGCUUGUUGUUGUCUCCGUUUCGCACGGUUUUGGCACCUUCUCCUCGGCGGCUCGACAAGAAAUUCCGGGUUUGUCAGCUACUGAAGUGCAAUAGGCGUGAAGGUGAUCGGCUGUGACUGCUCCCUGGGUUGAGAUACCUUUUCCGUCCCAGAGCUCAGAAGCCCCGGCAUGCUGGAAGAGUAAAGCACAGCGAGAAGGAACGAGAAAACGUGGAAGCUUGUGGAAUCUACAGAAAACAUCAUUACCCUCCCCUUUAUCAUUGAAACACUAAUUUCAUGUCAUGGAGACUAUGAUCAUCUUCACCGACUCGCAUUGAGAAUUGGCUAGUUUGCCAGUAACAGGAACCUCAGUGAGCAGGUUUUAUUUUUUGUGAAUAGCUGUUUUGGAAAGUGGGGAAACACCUUCUUCUUUUUUUUUUUUCAAGCUCUUCUUAUUGCCAAGAUCUACUCUACAUUGUGUGCUGUUGGAGUUUAAGUUGCUAAUUGACCUGCAACUUCCUCCACUCCCCCUGCUUCUCGUCAGGGACGUUCACCUGACUGGGAGUGGGAGGUGGGUGGGCUGUAUUUUACCAGGUGGAGAGUUGGCUCAGGGGGUUUGUGCUAUGUUCAGCUGCUCAUUACCGUGCUGCUCACACUCAGCUUCUGAGGGACUCUCUGUGCGACCCCAGGACAAGGGUUAGUACGCAGGCAGAGGGCAACGAGAAAGAGGAGGCGGCGGCGCUACGGCGCAGGCCAGGUGUUUCCUUGGCUUACAGUCCUUUUUUGUGUGUGGUAAGGCAUCAAGGCCCCCGCACCCACCCAGACCGUAGCCAUGGUGAAACUGGCCAACCCAAUGUACACUCAAUGGAUCUUGGAGGCCAUCAAGAAGGUGAAGAAGCAGAAGCAGCGACCAUCAGAGGAGCGCAUUUGCAAUGCGGUCUCCAUGUCUCAUAGCCUGGAUCGCAAAACGGUUCUGGAGCAGUUGGAGCUCAGCGUCAAGGAUGGUACCAUCCUAAAGGUCACAAACAAAGGUCUCAACUCCUACAAGGACCCUGACAACCCGGGGCGCUUGGCUCUGCCCAAGCCCAAAGGUAGUGGCAGCUCUGGAGGUGGAGGUGGAGGAGGUGGAGGAGGAGGAGGAGGAGGUGGUGGCGGCGGCAGUGGCAGCUGCAGUGGUGGUGGCGGUGGCGGCGGCGGCGGCGGCAGCAGCAGCAGUGGCGGAGGUAGUUCUCACUCUCAUUCUGGGAAGAAACCGGGACUGGACUGGAACAAGUUGCUCAAACGGGCACUGGAGGGGCUCCAUGAGCCCGGUGGCUCCAGCUUAAAGAACAUCGAGCGCUUUCUCAAGUGCCAGGCGGACGUGGCGGCCUACUUGUCAAGCAGCGGCUCUAUGGGGUCUGGCCUCUUCCACCAGCAGCUGAGGGUGGCCCUGAAGAGGGCCGUGGCCCAUGGACGUGUGGCGAAGCAGGGUCCACUGUUCCAGCUCAUCAGCCGCAGCAGCUGCCUGGACGACGGGACCGGGACGGUGUCUCUGGGAUCACUGCCACCAGUCCGGUUGCUGCCCCACGAGAAAGACAAGCCGGUGGCAGAGCCCAUCCCCAUCUGCAGCUUCUGCUUGGGGACCAAGGAGCAGAAUCGCGAUAAGAGGCCGGAGGAGCUCAUCUCCUGCGCCGACUGUGGCAAUAGUGGCCACCCGUCCUGUCUCAAGUUCUCCCCAGAGCUCACAACGCGAGUCAAGGCUCUGUGGUGGCAGUGCAUCGAAUGCAAGACUUGCAGCAGCUGUCAGGAUCAAGGGAAGAAUGCGGACAACAUGUUGUUCUGUGACUCCUGUGACCGGGGCUUCCACAUGGAGUGCUGUGACCCCCCCCUCACGCGUAUGCCCAAAGGCAUGUGGAUUUGUCAAAUCUGCCAACCCAGGAAAAAGGGAAAGAAGCUUUUACUUGAAAAGGCAGCACAAAUCAAACGGCGCUACAACGCACCGCUGGGGCGGCCCAAGAACAGGCCGGGACGGCCCUUUAAGAAGCUGGGCAGGCGUGGUCGGCGGAAGCGCUCGGCCUCGGCCCACUCGUCCUCCAGCUCCUCCUGCGAGGGUUACCCCGGGGACGACCGGCUGCUUUUCUCGAUGCGGGACGACGACGACAUGUCGCAGGGCAGCCUGCGCUUCAACAACAAGACCAAGGGCCUCAUCGACGCCCUCACCAAGUUCUUCACGCCGUCGCCCGAGGGCCGCAAGGCCCGGCAGGAAGUGGUGGACUAUUCACAGCAGUGCCGCAUCCGAAAGAAAGCCAAUCGCAAAGGAGAAGGAGAUGAUAGAGACAAUCAGGAAGGCAGCGACUGGCGUGAUGAAGAUGAGAAACUGCCCGGCCACGAGAACCUGACGGAAAAAGACAUCGAGCUGUUCAGACACAUCCAGGAGCUGGCACUGCAGAAAGUCGGGGUGACGGGUCCACCGGAUCCUCAGAUGCGCUGUCCGUCAGUCAUCGAGUUCGGCAAGUUUGAAAUCCAGACGUGGUAUUCGUCUCCCUACCCCCAGGAGUACAGCAGACUACCCAAGCUCUACUUGUGUGAGUUCUGCCUGCGCUACAUGAAGAGUCGCAGCAUCCUCUACCAGCACAUGAAGAAGUGCAACUGGUUCCACCCGCCUGCCAACGAGAUCUACAGGAAGGAGGACGUCUCUGUUUAUGAGGUUGAUGGGAAUGUGAGCACAAUCUACUGUCAGAACCUGUGUCUGCUGGCCAAGCUGUUCCUGGACCACAAGACCCUCUACUAUGAUGUGGAGCCCUUCCUUUUCUACGUCCUGACCCAGAACGACAGCAAAGGUUGCCACCUUGUUGGCUACUUCUCCAAGGAGAAGCACUGUCAACAGAAAUACAACGUGUCAUGCAUCAUGAUUCUUCCACAGUACCAGCGCAGGGGCUACGGACGCUUCCUCAUCGACUUCAGCUACUUAUUGUCCAAGCGCGAGGGACAGCCAGGAUCUCCAGAGAAGCCUCUCUCCGACCUCGGCCGACUAUCCUACAUGGCGUACUGGCGCAGUGUGGUGCUGGAGUGUCUCCACGAUGUCCGCGAUCGGCAGAUCACCAUACGACAACUAAGCAAGCUGACCGGGAUCUGCCCGCAGGACAUCACCACCACCCUGCACAGUCUCAACAUGCUGGAUCAGCGAGGAGACAGGCUGGUCCUGGUGCGGAGGGAGAAGCUGGUGUCCAACCACAUGACUCGUCUCAAGGCCCGGCCACGGCAACUGGAUGUCGACCCAGAGUGUCUCCGCUGGACCCCCGUCGUCGUAACCAACACUGUGGUCUCUGACGGAGAUGGAGAUGAUGACGAUGACGAGGAGGAUGAUGAACCAGAGGAGCACAACCGCAAGGAGAUCAAACCAAGUCACAAGGUCCCACCAAUCUCCUGGCACAUGCGCCAAGGGAAGAAGAGGGCUGAGGAGGAGGAUGAAGAGGAAGAAGAGGAAAGGAAGUGCUUCCUGGGGUUUCCCAUUAGCCAAAGCUCCCCAGCUUCCCCUCCCAUUCGCUGUCCGCCCUCUGUCCCAGAGCCACCACGCCCCCCUCCCCCAACAAAUGGAGAACGCAGACCACGGGGGCGCCCACCCAAAAACUGGCCUUGGGGCAAGGUGAAAGACAGCGCGCGGGUGGGACGGCCACCUAAGAUCCGCCCAGUGGAGGUGGACGACGAAGACGAGGAGAGAACGGAGGGAGGAAAGACCACAGGCUCUGCUACCGGGCCCCCCUCCCUUUUCUCCCUGGACAGACAAGCGGAAUCCCAAGCCUUUCACUCACUGGACAUGACCAGACACCCCUCCAUAACUCCCACAAGAAGAGGGCGGCCCCCAAGGAAAAAGAGAGGCCCUAAGCCCAGAUCCAUGGAAGGGCCUGGGGUGGGGCUGCCACAGCUUCCUAUGGUUUCCAGGUUGAAUGAGUCUCUUCCUGUCAGGAAGAGCUGCUUCAGUGAAAGCAGUGAAGAGGAGGAGGAUGACGAUGAUGAAGAUGAUGAUGAUGAUGAUGAUGAGAGGACGACAUGCUCCCCACCCAUCCUCACCAAGCCUGCCUUGGGGCUCAAAUGCAAGAAGCCGCUGAGGAAGCGCCGCUUUCGUCAGCGCAGCCACCCUCACAGCAGCGUGGUGACAGAGACCAUCUCUGAAACCACAGAGGUGUUGGAUGAGCCUUUUGUAGACUCGGACUCGGAGAGGCCUAUGCCCAGGCUGGAGGAGGAGACGCCACUGGGCCACCCGCUGCACCGCUACCCACCAGCCCGCUCUGUCAUGAGGUUGUCUGACCCAGCACCUAAAAGGAGCCGGCACUCCAACCUCACCGAUUCAGAGGAAGACGAGCUAACACCUGUGCUGAAGCCUGCGGCUGCUCUGCCAGCAACUCCAUCAGAGACCCUAGCGGCCAACCCUGAGGUCCCAGUCAAGAAGAAGAAAGGCUGGCCCAAGGGAAAGAGCCGCAAACCACUGCACUGGAAGAAACGAGGACCUGGAAAACCGCCUGGUGGUGGCGCAGCCACAGAUAGCCAGGCCCAAAGCGGGGAUCCGCCACCCCCCAAAAUCAAGAUGAAGCCUGGCCGCAAGCCCCGGAGCUGGUACCUGCAGCGGGCCCAGGAGGAGGCAGAGAGGCAAGAGCAGGAAAGACAAAGGCAGUUGGAGCAGCAGGUGGACAAAAAUCCUCAGCUGCUCCAGACUGAUGAGCGCAACAGCAAGCGAGUCUGCAGAACCAACACAGACAGAGACACCAAACAGAAAGACUCUGAUGAAGAGGAUGACUAUCACCCUAAACCUGUUGAGCAGAAGGUGCCCAAGAGGCCAAGAGGGAGACCGCCCAAGAACCGCGCCCUCCUCCCGCCACCACAGCCGGCCCCCAAACCUCCUCCCACCUCUGAGCCAGAGGAAGAGGAGGAGGAGGAAGAGGAGGAGGCUGAAAGGGCCUGGGAGGAAGACAAACCCAGCCGUCCACCGUCCCGGGCCCUGCUGUCCCCUUUGUCCUCGUCUUCCACCUCAGGGCCCCGGGCCCCACUGUCCCGGCCUCAGGACACAGAUAUGGGUGACAGGGAAGAGGACGAUGAUGAUGAGGAGAGGGAGGAAGAGGAAUGCGGCAGCAUGGGCAGCGGUGGCGGGAGUGUCAACAGGCGAGCAGCAGUUACACCCGGUUCAGGAAGCAGGCGCAGUGAAGACCAUGAUGCAGACGAUGAAGGGGAUGGACACUUGGAGGACAAGAGCAACGGCAGCAACAACAACAGCAGCAAGAAGAGAAAAAGUCCGGACUCUGAAGAUGAAGAUGACGAGGAAGACGAGGAGGAGGAGGAGGAACCGGCCUCCCUUGCAAGCUCUCCUCCGGUCAAAGAAGAACCCCAUGGUGGAGAGGCUUUUUUAGACAUGGAGAACAACGUGGCCCAAGACUACGUCAGCAAGCAGGAGGAGGAGGAAGAAGAGGAGGAGGAGGAGGCGGCUGAGGAGGAGGUGCAGGAGGCCAAGUGUCGACCCUCCUCGGCGGACCCGCAGCAGGAGGAGAGGCGGCGCAGAGAGCAGGAGGAGUCUGCUGCAGCAGCAGCGGCGGUGGAAACCGUCACGGCCAUGUCUGUUCCCUCUGAGCCCAUGGGGCUCCAGUCUCUGCACCCGGAUGACAAGGACGUCACGCUGUUGAUGGAACCUCAGCACCCACAUCCACACUCCCACCAGCACCAGCACUCCGACUUCAAAGAGGAGCUGGGCCACCAUCACCCCCACCACCCCCAUCACCACUCCAACGAGCUGGACCUGGAGACCAUGCAGGCCGUCCAGUCCCUGACUCAGGGGGAAGCCCAGGACGAAGAGACCGAACCCCAGCCACACCACGGAGCCUACCAGGACUGUGAGGAGACCCUAGCUGCCUGCCGGACCCUGCAGAGUUACAGCCACGCGGGGGAGGCCGAAGAUGAGGCUCUGGCCUUGGUGGAGGAGUGUGGGGCCUCCCAACACAGCAGCCCCCUUCCCAAUCCCCCUGUACCGCCCCUUCCCAGUCAAUCUGUGCGCUCAGUCAACAGUCCGGGGUUGCCCUCGGGCAUCAUGGACACGACACCGGCAGGGCAGAGGGGGGGCACGCCCGGCCCCACUGGAGCAGGGGGAAGUGGUGGAGGAGCUGGAGGUGGGUACACCCAGAUUACGCCGGAACAUCCCAGUUCUCUGUCUGCCCCCUCCCAGCAGAACAUGGAGACGUCGCCGAUGAUGGACGUACCGUCUGUGUCGGACCACUCGCAGCAGGUGGUGGACAGCGGCUUCAGUGACCUCGGCAGCAUCGAGAGCACGACUGAGAACUACGACAACCCCAGCAGCUACGACUCCACCAUGGGCGGAGGGGGUAAUGGGAAUGGAGGGGGAAUGUCAGCUGGUGUAGUUGCGGGAGCUACCACGGCUUCCUCAUCGUCGGCCUCCUCUUCUUCAAGCUCGGCCACCCCGUCCUCGCAGUCUAACAGCUGCUCUUUCGUGCCAGCCCCCAGCCUCACGUCCUCCACAGGAACAGGAGGGUCCCAACUAGGGAUGGGCAACUGUGGCCUCAUCCAGCAAACGGGGCCAGGGCCCAACAGCGGACCAGGUGCCAGUAAUGUAGGCAGUGCUGUAGUCCAGCCACCCCCACCCCCACCACGGUCUAACACCCCCGGCUGUGGCAUUAAGUCUCCUCAGAGCUGUGGUGUGAUCGAGAGGCCCCCCAGCACCAACCAGCAACAACAACAACAGCAGCAGCAGCAGCAGUCCCAAAAAAAGGUUCCUCAGCAACAAGCCCCCAACCCUCAGCCUCCGCCGUCAGCACCACCACCACAGCAACAACAGCAGCAGCAGGCCCUGUCGCAGUGUAGCAUGGGCAACGGCUUCGCCUCCACACCCAUGAUAAUGGAGAUCCCCGAGAGUGGAGGAGGGGGCCGCACCCUGUACGAGCGCAUGGGUCAGGACUUUGGCACGGGGGGCUACCCUCAGCCCUCAGCAACCUUCAGCCUGGCCAAACUCCAACAACUCACCAACACCAUCAUGGACCCCCACGCAAUGCCCUACUCUCAUUCCGCCUCUGUCACCUCCUACGCCACCAGUGUUUCUCUCUCCAACCCGGGGCUGGCCCCUUCCCCCCACACUCCUCAGGGCCAGCCCACUAUGACCCCGCCCCCCAACCUUAGCUCCGGCACCAUGAACCUGGGCUCCCUGCAGCUACAAUGCAACAUGCCCACUGCCAACAUCGGUCUGGGACCCCCGCCACACACGCAGCGGCUACAGGGCCAGAUGGCGACAGUCAAAGGCCAUAUUUCCAUCCGGUCCAAAGCCACCCAGCAGCUGGCCCCGGCCCCGCACCAGCAGCAGCUCUACGGCCGCAGCUCGGGGGCCGUGGCCAUGCAGGGCACGUCGCGCACCUUGGCCGUGCAGCGCGGCAUGAUGCCGAACCUCAUGCCCACGCCAGCGCAGUACAACUCCAUGAACAUGACGCCCCUCAACGCCAUGUCGGCCGGUUACAGAAUGCCUCAACCCAUGAUGAACAGUGGUUAUCACGGCAAUCCCCCUUACAUGAAUCAGCCAGCUCAGUACCCCAUGCAGAUGCAGAUGGGCAUGAUGGGAGGGCAGGGUUACCCGCAGCAGCCUAUGCAGCCCAACCACCACGGCAACAUGAUGUACACUGGCCCCGCCCAUCACAGCUAUGCUGGUGUCCCUAAACAGUCACCGUACAUGAGCAGAUGAACAGCCGAGGAACUGAGAAAGGAGACAUGAGGCCAGAGCUGAUACUCGCUGUACUCCAAAUGUCCAUUACUCCUGUUCACCCUCUCCAGUGCUGCGGCAGGCACCAGGGAGAGUCGGUGGUUGGAGACAGAGAGGGUCUUUGGGUUUCCUGCUUUUCUGUGUUGUCAUUUUGUCCCUUUUUUUAAAAAUUUGGGCUCGUUUCCCCUCCCAGGUGGUUGUGUAUGGGAACAAGUGGGGUUCCGGGUUGGGGGGGGGGGGGGGGGGG